UCCCCCAGCAGUUGGGAGGCGGACGGCUGAGGCGAUGGCGGACAGCUACGUCUCUGACAACGAGCCUACGACACGUACGCUGCUGCGGCGCGUGCUGGAUGCAGAGGUCCCGCGCACCCCGCGGCGACCCCGGAGUACUCGGGCUGGUGCCCAGAGAACCCUGGUUGAAACACCUUUCUCUAUGAGGUUGAGGAGCCAAACAAAGACAACUGCCAGGUGGCAUUCACAUAGAGCCAGGUCUAUUGGCAGAUUGGCCCACAUCCAAACCAGUGAACAUCUGAAGGAACAAACACCCCGGACUCUGCUUGAGAAUAUCCUACUAACUGCCCCAGAAUCUUCCAUGGUUAUGCCAGAGUCAGUGGUGAAGCCAGUGCCAGUACUGCAGAUGGUCCAGUUCUCUAGCCGGGAAAGCAGUCCGGGCAGCCUGGAGCUGCAACUUCCUGAGCUCGAACCUCCCACAACCCUGGCUCCAAGUCAGCUGGCUUCUGGCAAGAGGAAGCAGAGGCUGAGAUUGUCAGAGUUUCAGCAAGGAAUGGACCAGGGGCUGCCUGUCCCCCAAGGUCCUCUUGCAGAGCCUCAUGGGAAUGCUGGUGCCUCCUCCCUCACCAGCUCCCUCAACCUGACCUUUGCCACACCUCUCCUGACACAAUCAGUGCAGAGGCCUGGUUUGGCCCGCAGACCUCCAACACGCCGAGCUGUAGAUGUGGGUGCAUUUUUGCAGGAUCUGCAAGAUACUUCUGCGGCCUUGGCUCUUCCAGGUGACAGGACCCCUGUUGCUACCCUGCCAACGGACACAGUAUUGGAGGACACCCAGCCUUUCUCCCAGCCUUUGAUUGGCCGUUCCCCCAGUAUGCAUCACUCCCUCCCCUGUCCCUCUCUCUCUGCUGAAAGGACUGUCAGCCGCAGGACACGGAGCAGUGGGCCUGGGAUGCAGAAGAACAACAGUCCUGGGAAACCAGCCCAGCUUCUGGCAGGAAAGGCAGAGGAGGUUGAUGCCUUUACUAAUGGCUUCCCAAACACCAGCAAUAGUAUCUCUGGAGAAGAUGGACUAGAGCCCUUACAGGGUGGAGUUGGUGAGGAGGUAGAGGAACUAAUGGAAGAAAGUUUAAGCGUGAGUGAAGUGAAAGAGGCAGCAGGAGCACAAGGAUCUGCCAGAGCAGAAGAGCCUGAGACACACACACAAGUGAUAGAAGCAGAGGGAUCCUGGGGCACUACCGAGGCCAAGGAGCCAGAAGUAUCUUCAGGAGAUAAGGACAUUGCAGGUAGGACAGCAAGUCCAGAGUUGGCCUCCAGCACCCCGGAGUUUCCUCAGGCCAGGCAACUUGAGUUCCUUGAGCCAGCCCCACCAACGAGCCCUGCAGUCUUAUCUUCAGAGCCUCUGGAGCCUCUAUCAGCCAGGCUUCCUCCCAGGGUCCAAACUGCUGGCCCCAGACUCCGUCAAGAUCCCUAUAAGACUGGACUGAGCCACUAUGCUAAGCUCUUCAGCUUCUAUGCUAAAAUGCCCAUGGAGAAGAAGGCUCUUGAGAUGGUGGAGAAGUGCCUGGACAAGUAUUUCCAGCGUCUUUGUGAUGACCUGGAUGUAUUUGCUGCUCAUGCUGGCCGCAAGACUGUGAGGCUAGAGGACCUGGAGCUGCUGAUGCGAAGGCAGGGCCUGGUCAAUGACCAAAUCUCCCUUCACGUGCUUGUGGAGCGGCACCUGCCCCUGGAGUACCGGCAGCUCCUCAUCCCUUGUGCUUUCAGUGGCAAUGCUGUCUUCCCUGCCCAGUAGUGGUCAGACUUCGACACCUGCCCUGUCCCCUUGGCCCCACAUACUGUUCCAGGUCUCCUUACCACACCCCAUCAUCAAUAAAGUAUCACGCCCAGCAGGUGUAGCCCAGAGGUUGAGCAUCGACCUAUGAUCCAGGUGAUCACAUUUCAAUUC